UCAAUGCUCGUGCAGCCAACCGCCGCUACUCUCCAUCAUUUCAGUUUUCUCUCGAGUCAACGGCGGUUUGGAAGCAGCAAUCCGAGCACACCCACACGCUCCCGACUCGUUUUGAUUCCAAGGAUUUCUAUUACGUAGUAUAAUCACCAAACGCUUCCUCUGAAAAAGCGGUGUGUAUGUGUGCUCAGCUGAGGCGCUGAGCGCUCGGCUCGGCACACGUCUUCCGCAUACUAAAAUCCUAUUCUUUUUGCUUGCUUGGCUCGUUGCUGUCUCCAGAAAGGAAGAGACCUUUUCUGCUCUUGUUCUUCUUCCACGGAUCGAUCGCCUCGCUCGCUUUCGCCUGUUGCUUCACGUUUCGGAAGAGCUUGGGUUUGGGGGAAUUCGUGUGAUCGUGUUGAUGAGUAGGUGAAGAAUUCGGGAAGAGCUUUGAGAGUUUUGGCAUCUGAUCUAGGGCAAACGUGGGCGUGGGCGCGGGCGCGUCGACGGCGUCGUAGCAUCGGCGACGUCGCCGGUCGCCGGCGAGCAUGGAGAGCGAGCAGGUGAAGAGGCGGUUCGGGCGGUGCCCCUACUGCCGCGCCAUGAUCUACCAGGACCCCAACGCCAUCAUCUACUACUGCAGCAAGUGCCGCACGCCCAUCCGAGGCAAGAACCCGGAGCCGACGGACGACGCCGAGUACGCGCUCUCCCAGCUCGAGAUCCUCUCCGCCGACACCGCCUCCGUGUUCUCCGACGACCCGGACACGCUGAGCCGCACGUCCUCCGUCGCAUACGGCGGCGGCGAGCAGCCUCCGGUGCGGACCAGCUCGGCUCCCUACGCAGCAUUUGAUCGGGGCAGCGUUAGGGCUGGUUCAAGAAGCGGCGAGCAAUCGGGGGAAGAGAGAGGUGGCUCGCCGAUGCACAGCCGCGUCAGCGAACUCCGGCCGACGUCGCGGAGAACCAGGCGGCCGAUGAGCGGCGACAUGGGUGCGUUCAGGGACGAUGGAUCGAGCUAUGGUUCGGACAACGACGUCCCGACGUCUGCCGCCGCGAGCUACCGCCGCCGGGCGUCGCCGCUGACCUCCCAGGAACUGGAGGCGUCGUCGUCGUCGAUGGGGUCGUCGGGAUACCAACCGUCCGGCGUGUCGUCGUCGUCGAUGGGGUCGUCGUCGGUGUACGAACCGUCCGGCGCGGCGAGGUCGCCGCUGACGGACCCGGCGUUCCAGAGGGACCUGCUGCAGGCGCUGGACAACCUCCGGAGGGUCAUCGCCGCCGUCGAGCAGCCGUACGGCGUCGACGCGCACCUGCAACAAGCCGGAAUGCCCCCGAAGAGCGCGUCCUGCAACGACGCCGCCACCGGCGGCAGCGGCGGCGGCGGCGGCGCGUACGCAGCAGCAGUCACGCGGCGCAACUCCCGCCUCAUGCGCCGCCUCGAGUCGCAGCUCGUGCAGGCGCUGCCCAGGGACGGCCUGCGCCGGGACAGGAGCACCUCCUCCUCCUCGUCGGCGUCGAGCAGCCGCCCGGGCGGCGACCGGGCCAGGGCGGCGGGGCGGAAGCACCACUGCCGCGCUGUGCUGGGCGGCACGCCGUUCGUCGUCUGCGACAAGUGCUCGGAGAUACUGCAGCUGCCGGCCGCCGUGUCGGCGAACAGGGCGGCCAGGCUGGAGUGCGGCGGAUGCGGGGAGACGCUGUCCAUCAAGCUGCCGGCGGCGGCGGCGGCGGCGGCGAGCGGCUCGACGGACCGGCCCAAGAAGAUAUUCUCCGCGCCGCAGCCCGCCGUUCGCCGGCUGGAUGACGACGACGCGGGGGAGGAGCACGCGUCCGCGAGGAGCAACCUGAGCGGCGACCAGCGAUGGCCGGCGUCGCCGGCCGAAGGGCCGCUCCACCGCAUGCUCGGGUACAGCACGGUGAGCUCGGUUUUCCGGAGCCGGCGGUACGGAGAGCAACACUGAGCUGAGCAUUCUUUUGAUUUGAUUUUUUUUUUAAUUCCCUGUCCUUUUUAUCAGAUGGCAUUGCAAUUUUGAUACACAAUUGCAUUGUAAAAAUUGUAAACGAUUCUUCAUUCUUUUUGUGUGUGUUUCAGUGUGUUUGUUUGAUUCAUACAAUUGUAUGGUGUUAACAUGGCGAUUUUUUGUGUUGGUUCAAAA